AAUGGCUCCGGUAUGUGUCAAGUAUUUUUCUAUCACUAGAAUUGGCUUUAAAUGAUAGUUGCGAUCAGCGAAAAUAUUCGCAAGUGAUUUCGGAAGACUACGUGCAUAAGCGACAAGUGUUAAUUAAUUCGACUAUUUGUCGGAAGUGCGGAAAAACGCAGUUUAGUAAAAUCCUAAAUUGAUCAUUUUUCUUCAAUACUGCUGUACAGCCUGCAAGAGACCACGAUCUGGCAGCACUGUCAGCGCGAUCACACCAAUUCAGUGUCAUCGGUGUCUCGCACGGUGUGCAGGCGAUUUUUUCGCAGUACUGUUCUCGUGUCCCGAAAAUAGAAAUUUUAAGAUGUGAUUUAUAUUAGUAUUUAAAAAGGCGAAAAUGUGAAAUCGAGUGUGAAAAAUUUGAUUUUAUAUACGUAGAAUUAAAGUUAAAUAAGCUAACGUUGCAGUUAGCAUACACCGCAAUGUUUUAAGAUUGGAAUCAAAAAGCGUGUAAUGACGCAAGAGACGUACUGGAAGAAAAAGUAACUGUGCUCCGCUAAGAACUACGUUGUUGGCGAUUUUAUUCCUGCCAGUUCCCCCAGAUCGCCAUCAGAAAGUGUUCUAUCUUGCCAGGUGCGUGAUUGUAAACAGCCAAAGAUUGAAAAGUGGUUAUUUUUCUCCUAGUGCAUACAUUGAAAGACGGUCACACCGUUGCAUAAUUGCAUGAGUACUACGAGCAAUAAAAGGUGGUGUUCUUGUCUCGUCGUCAUUACCGUGUAGAUGCAUUCAAGCAUCGAUCUGUGCAGGAUAAUAAUAACAAUAACAAGAAAAACGAUAAAAUACACCACAGAGUAGAAGGAAGCUGGUGGAAAUACGCUGCGCAAGACAAAAAGGAAAUGCAAGCCUAACUUUACACCGACGGUGGAAAUAAAGGACGCUGGUGGGUUGACUUAUAACGAUACGUUUAACACAUUUCACCUACACAUAGAAUACAUACCAGUAAACGGGAUCUGAGGAUAGUGUGUUUUUUGUUUCUCAGAGAGAAAUGCAAUAGUGUAUAUAAAUACGCUACAAACAAAAUAGAGCAAAUUACGGAAAAUGCAAAACUUUAUCUCUAGUAUCGAAAAUAAUACAAAGAAUUUAGACGUAUUAAUGACCCUUAAUAUUAAGAAAUCCGAUAAAAAUAUCACCAACACUGUUACUACUACCGCUGCUAAAUCUUCUAUGACUACUUUUUCUAUUACUUCAACUACUCAAAACAACACGAACAAGUCUGAAUACGCUUUUAAGAAAUCACUUAAUAGUUUGCUAAGUUCAAUCGAAAAAGAGGCAAGUCAAAAGCUGGAGCUGUCGAAAGAAGGAGAGGGCGAGUUGCAUCUACUAAUUCGAAAACCACUGUUACUACAAUCGAUCGAUGAGUCUGAGCAACAAUCAGGGAUUGUAUCCAAUAUUAUACUUACUGUUAAUAGUAAUUCAAUAAUUCGCCAAACAAUUGCAGCAAAAAUUAACAUCGAUUGCAUUGCGCUUGUGGUCUUUGAAGAGGAACAACUGCACUCGCUGUGUGAGCAACGAUCGGAGCUGACCCUCACUGGACAAUACUAUGCACGAAGUAAGCGCCAGUUAGAACUAAACACGGGUGGCUACACUAUUCAAAAAAAUCAGAAAAACGGGAAUUUGACACAUUUCGAUCAUCUGUUCCAAAGCAUGAUGAAUAAGAAUGACACUGUGAAUAUGAUAUGUGAUUUAAUUGAUUACCUGAUAACAGUAAAUACUAAUCAUAGUAUAAUAGCGGAUGGAUGUAGUAGCUUGAUCUGUAAUGACCAAAAUUUAGAUUUUAAGAACGACAACAAUGAUAAAGCCAUGGCAAAUAAUGCAAACGAUGCUAAUACUUCCGAACAAGCCAAACCAACCUCGAAACUAGUAUCAACGUACGUUAAGUUUGAUGAGCUGCUGUGUCUUUCUGAACGAGAAAAGACUGUGCGAAGAGCAGGCCUGAGGCCACGUAUGAGACUGUGUGGAGGAGGGGAAGACUCAAUCAAUAGUGGAGCUAGUGCCUGGGGCACCCCAGGUACUGCUGGCAAUCCAGGGAAUUCAUGGGGUUCCCUGAAUCCUCAACAGCCAGGAUCGUGGGUUAACAAUCCGCAAGCAGGAGCUGUAGGAGGUGGUAGCGCAAACAUGAAGCAACAGCAACCACAACAACCGGUAGCAACUGGGCCGCCAGGACAUCCUGGUGGCGAAAACAUUGAUCCCAAUGCGUGGGUCACAGGUAAUCCAGUUAACCCUAACACGAAUGCUUCUAAUGCACAAAAUCAACCAAGUGGUGCUAGUGGUAAUGUAGCCAAUUCAAUUAACAGUGCCAAUACUGUACAACAACCGCAACAAGCUGAUGUACCAGCAGCACAACCGAAUCCUAAGUUGGAACGUUUAAAUACAAUGAUCGAAGCUCUUCAUGCACAUGAUGGGUGGGGCUCAGAAAAUGUAAAUCAGGAUACUCGAUGGGAUGUACCAGCUUCUCCGGAACCGGGCUCGAAGCCAGAUCCGAACAGUGCAAUCACGGGUCCUACAGCUGGCAUCCCUAUGUGGAAAACCAACACUGGGACCGAGAUUUGGGAAGCGAAUCUUCGUAAUGGCGGACAAAUGCCCCAACAACAAACCGUUCAAAAAACACCGUGGGGCCCGUCAACCAACAUUGGAGGAACCUGGGGUGAAGAUGAUGACGCCAAUGAACCGAACAGUGUUUGGACCGGCGUCGCCGGCAACAACCAGACUGCAGUUACACCUCAAGGUGGGCCGUCCCAACAGGCUCCCUGGAAUGCUGCAAGCAAUGCUAAUAUGUGGGGUCCUGGUGGCGUUGCUCCUGGUGCCAUUAAAAAAGACACUGACUGGACCGGUUCUACAGUCCCUGCUAGUGGAUGGGAUCAGCGCAAUGCACCUCCUGCAGUCACUGCAAGCGUUACUGGAAUGGAACCAACAAACAUUGAUAUGCGCAAUAUGCGCAUUUCAGGAGGAAUAGAUGGAAACAGAGAAAUUCGUGGUGAUCCAAGAGGUAUUUCCGGUCGAUUGAAUGGUAAUGUCAAUCUCUGGGAGCAGCACCAACUUCCAGGAAUAGCACCUAAUAAAAUGCCGCCUGUAUCAACCCCUGGUACACCAGCAGGAAAUGCUCAAUGGCCUAAUAAUCAACUUCCUGGCCACAAUAAGAUGCCUUCUGGUUGGGAAGACUCCUCAACUCCUGGUAUCAGACGUAAUGUUGAUGACGGUACUGCCGUAUGGGGUCAAAAUGUGCUCAGCCGUCAAAAUUCAAAUGUCUCCAACUGGAAAGAAGGACAGGAAGGACUACAACGAAAUUCUGUUCAACGAAACUCUAUUGUUGGCGGAAAUUUACCAGGUGUCACAGGUGGUAGAAUUGGAAAUUCUGGCCCUAUCAAGCCAGACAUGUGGGGACAAAACAAUGUGAAUCCACGUACUGGUGCUGGAUGGGACGAUAACGGUGGCAAUAAUUGGGAGGAAAAAACUGCAGGCUCAUUAUGGACAGAAAAUGUUACACCAGCAAAUUGGAACAAGGGUAAACAACCAAUGGGCUCCAAUUGGAACGAUGCUGGCGGCGAUAUGGUUCCAGAUUGGGGAAUGCAUAAUGCUGGCUUAAACAAGCCCCCGAAUAAAAUAAAUCCACUUGAGUUUAUCAGAAACAGCAAACACUACCGCAUGCUAUGUGAAAUGGGUUUCAAAAAAGAAGAUGUUGAAACAGUUCUUCGUAUAUCCAAUAUGAAUCUCGAGGAAUCAAUUGAAAUGUUGCAGAGAAAUGGAUCAUCUGACUGGCGACGAGGAGAUGACCAUGGUCCCGCAUUCGGUAAUCAAUUUAAUGACCGGUUUUCGACAGCUGGUAAUACAGCGCUUCCGUUCCCUCAGAAUAAUCAAAACUUGCUCAGUGCGUUUGGUGGUAAUCCAAAUAUGAACCCCCUGCAUAAUAUGAAAUAUAGUGCAGGACAUGGUGGUCCUAAUGGAGCCACCGCCGCCCAAUUUGGUCAACCAUCGGUGCUUAAUCAAAAUGCCCAAUCUCAACCUUCCACCCAGCAACUACGCAUGCUAGUCCAACAAAUUCAAAUGGCCGUACAACAUGGUUAUUUGAACCAACAAAUCCUUAACCAACCUUUGGCACCGCAAACAUUGUUACUUUUAAAUCAACUGUUGAAUCAUAUCAAGCAAUUACAAGUUAUGCAAAGCAAUUUAAACCGCAGUGGCGGUGGCGGUGUUAGUGCUGUACAAAUUUCCCUUGCAAUCAAUAAGCUCAAAUCGCAAAUUGGAAACCUCCAAAACCAGAUCACUGCACAGCAGACUAUCUAUAUGAAACAACAACAGCAACAACAGCAGCAGCAAAACAAUCCGAACCCGGUGUCUACCAGUGGGCACCAAGCAAAUGACUUGUUCCGUACUCCUAACGAAAUACCCGGACUUCCGGGUAAUUUCUCAGAUUUAUCCCUGAAGGAUAAUAACAACCCAUUCCCAUCGUCAGGUGGCACUAGUCAACAGUCUCGAUUAACCCAGUGGAAACUUCCUUCAACAUCAGCAGUAGAUAAAGAUGCAGAUCUUACAGAUUUUCCUCGAGCUCCAGGGACUACCUCAAAACCAUCUGCCUCAGGGCUUGGAGGAAUCGAUGAUGGAACAUGGUCCAAUGGGCGUUCCAACAUGGGUGACGGAUGGCCGGAUUCCAAUGCUCAAGAUAAUAAAGACUGGACGGCAAAUGCUGAUACAUUUACCGAUUUGGUUCCUGAAUUUGAGCCAGGAAAACCGUGGAAGGGUACUCUACCCACUCGUAUCGAAGAUGAUCCCACUAUUACACCGGGAAGCGUUGCGCGCUCUCCAUUAUCCAUAGUUUCUGCCAAAGAAUCGAAUUUAUUUGCCAAUAGCAAUAGUACUAGUAACAAUAAUAAUAAUGCUACUAACAGCAAAUCCUCGCCGACUGAAUCGAUUACGUCCUCUACCUGGAGUUACAACCCUAAUAGCACACACGGUGGCUUCGGGGGCUCAAAACUGUCGAAAAAUCCGUGGCCAGAUAGUAUUGUUCCUUCGGCCGAUUUGUGGGAGAAUCCUCUCAACAAAGGUGCGCGUGUAGCUCCACCUGGACUUAAAACAGGCGCAGGUGGCAAACUAGAGGUGAACGGAUGGAAUCCUUCGCACGCUUCAGCCGGUGGUCCUGGUUGGAACGGUAGUGCAGCGGCAUGGCCUUCAACAUGGAUUUUGUUGAAAAAUCUUACUGCACAGAUUGACGGGUCCACGCUACGUACGUUGUGUAUGCAACACGGUCCAUUGGUCGCGUUUCACGUGUAUCUCAAUCAUGGCAUUGCCCUUUGUAAAUACUCAUCACGUGAAGAAGCAAACAAAGCUCAAUUAGCGCUCAACAACUGCAUGCUGGGAAACACAACAAUUUGCGCCGAGACCACUACAGAGAGCGAUGUUCAGAAUAUUCUCCAACAUCUGGGUCCCCCAAAUGGCUCUAACGGUAUGACAGGUGGAUCUGGGGGACAGAAUUGGAGGUUGAGUGCCGCUGCCCAAUCACAAUCCGUACGAAAUCCAGGUGCAGAUGCUUGGAAUACAGCAUGGCCUAGCACUUCUGCAGGAGCUAACCUCUGGGCUCCAAUGGACGGACCAUCCGAUCGAGUGACGCCGGCCAAUCUAAACUCAUUUUUACCCGAGAGCUUGCUUGGUACUGAACUGAACUAAGCCGAACGAAAAGAUACAAAGCAUAUAAACGUUCAUAGAAGAUAAGCGAUCAAAGUGAGCAGAAUUUAUAGGAUAAAAAGAUUUUGUUGGACGUCACUGAACGAAGGUAGCUGAAGGCCUGGGUUUAUAAAUGAAGUGUCUUUUCACAGUCAGCGGUUUCGUCUGGCGUAGUAUUAAGGUGUUGUGAAUGUUUUUAUCAUUUUUUUUAAAUAAAGCGAUAUACAAUUAAUAUAUAUUUGAAACAGACAAAAAUCGAAAAAAAAUACAACUAAAAAUGAGGAAACCAACACAAACAAACACACAAAACAUUUCAAGUCAAAGAAAAGUCUAGUUAUAUGUUUCACAUGUUAAGUUUUACAGUAAAUUAUAAACUUUUUUCACGAGUGAGAGGAUUCGAACCCUCAUGAAAACAAAGCAUACGAAUCCUAUUAACUUUAGGUUGCUUUAGGCGUAUAAGUCAGAAAAAUCGGUUUGUUUUCUAUCCUAUUAUUUUGUACUAGCAGCAUUCGUUUCUACCACUUCUUCGUCUGGGGACGAAUCGCGCAUGGUGACACAUGCGUACAUAAUUCAGUCAAAGAUAAAAAAAAAGUCACAAACAAUUAUGCACAUUUUGCAGUAGGUGAAAGCAAUUUAUAAGAAAAUCAAAUGUGGUAUUAGAAUAUAUUUCGAUGUAAGAAAAUCUAUAUAAUUCAACAAAGUAAAACGAAAAUGUUACUGCUGUUAGAAAAGACCGUUCACAUGAAAAUCGUUGGCCGCUUUCGGCAGCAACAGUAAUUAAUAUAUAAAUGCAAAAACAAUAGGGGGACUAUUGCAACAUUUCACUGUACUCUAGAGCCCCAUCGAUUCGUUUGAACCUGAAACGCUUUUCAACGAACGCCAUUUACAAGAAAGCUUUGAAAUUUAAGAGUAUUGUAAUGAAUACAUUACGCGCUAGCCCUGCUAAUUUACUUGAAAAAUGUUCCGGUGAAUGAACGAAAAAAUAUAUAUACCUUUAUAUUUAACGUAAGGCGAACUCUAAAGACAAGGACAAAUCAUAAAUUUAUUUCUAUCGAUGAUUUUCACCGAACGGUAGAAAAGUAUUGUUUAUAUUUUCUUCACACUUUGUAAGGUUUGUUACGUAUAGUAGCUCACAUUUCACUGAAUUCAAGAAUUCGAAUCAAUUUUUUGUUUCAGGUUGUCGCUAUAUUAUUGUACAGUUCGGCAGAAGCUUCGAUAUCUAAGUGAAAACCAGAUAGAAAACAUCCCAGUGCUGACUGAUACAUAUAUAAACAACAUAGGUGACAAUUUUUCCAAAAAAAAAAAACAAAGCCGUGGUGAAAUCUGUUGGAAUAGGAAAUCAAAAUCCGAAGGAAUGUAGUUGGAGAUUUUACUGAGAUGUGCCUAUCAAUGAUGAUUACAAAACGGUAUUGGAGGCCAUCUAAUGUGAUUAAUUUACACUGAGUAAAUUAAUAUCAAUUUGUUUUUAUUUAGGCUUUAUUUUUGCCCUGUCGGUAAAUAAAAUUACGAUGGAAGCAUGCUGGUGAACGGAUUCCAGAUAAAUUUUGUAAUUUUGCUAGAACAUUGAUCAGAACAAAAGAGUUUCCAUAAAAAAAACCAUUCCGCAUGGAUAAUGCUAUAUUAUAUCUCUCAAUUAAAAUGAUUGUGGCACAACCUGAUUAUGGUAGAUUUAUGUAUUCUGAAAACUUCAAACCAUUCACCCCGAAUUGACCAGAAAUUACCAGCAGUAAAGCGUAACGCAAGUUUUGUACUUAAUGACAAAGUUACCAUCAGUUAGUUGCAGAUUUGACGAUACACUACGGAGAAACAAUGGUAACUUGGGCACCGAACCGGGUAAAUUGAUUAAAGUUUCUAUUGAAAAAAAAAUCAUGUUUCGUUUUGAAGUUCAAUUAAUGAAAAAUCAGCUAACCUUCCGGGUGGCGGAAUCCGAAUUGCCGGGCCUUUCAUUUAACUCCUACUUUCAGUUUCUGUACAGCCACCACGUCCACUUUGUUCGCCGCAGAGUGCCAGUUUGUCUAAAACUGUUUCUAGCUUCCAACUGUUUUGUUUGCGCUUGACAACGGCCCACUAUUUCUCAGUCAGACGGAGCUCUGGCGUGUUGGGAGAGUUCUCAUUGUCGGAUACCACCUGUACGUUGAUGCUGGAGUAUACCACUUCAUGGACUUUGUUCCGUAAUGGCAGGAUGUCAUCCGGCUAAAACAGUACGGAACGAUCGUAUUGCUUCAAGAAAGGCAGUCGUUGCUGACUGUCGGCAAACGAAAUCUUAUUAGGUUGACGACAGUUGAUUUGGCCUAACGAUUUUACUAACUUGACGUGCGAAUAGUUGGUCUUUUCGCGAUGCGAGAGCAUUUCCUGCGGUGCUCAGCUUGCUUAAAUGCCAUUUUGAUUUUCAGUUAUCAAAUGUUUAAAAUAAAUUUAAAAUUGUCAACGCUGUAUCUUUUGUGCCGGGAUAUUACUGGAGUGCGAAAAUGCAUUUUAUUGCCAUUAAAGUGGAUAAAACAAAUCACAUGGCAACGUGUGCGUAAGUAUAAUGUCAGUAAUCACGAUAGAGGCAUCAUUUUGCACGCACAUACCUACAAAAUGAGGACUGUUUAGGUUUUUUAAAUGCAUGGUUAAAGCGAAUGCGCCAAGUUUAAGUCAACCAAAUUUGUAUAAUAGCACAUUUUAUAAUGUACUUAUGGUUUACAUUGAUGGUGCUUGUACAAUGAAACAAUGAUAAGCAAUAAUUCACCGGGCAUUGAAUUACUUCAUAACAUCUGUAGAAGUUUGGAUGGAUUGUUUGCAAAAAGCUCUUACGUUCAGUGUUUUGAUAUUUACUCUUUAUGGAUGUUUAUACCGUGCGUUGAUAUUACGCACAAGUUAAAAAUUCCACUUACAAUCCUUUUGUACAAUUAAAUGUACUGCAGUAUCUCACAAAUUUUAUUUCAGAUGAAGCUAAUCGAGUGAAAGUGAAAGACAUUUAUGACAUGUUGGUCACAAUAUUUGUUUAUUUUUUCGAAUAAUUCAAUAUUAAUUCUUUGCUAAUAAAGAAAACUUCCGUUACAUUGAGUAUUCAAAUACGUGUGAUUUUACAUACCGAAUGCUUGAGAAAACAAUCAUUCGAACUGUGAAUUCUGGCUCCAUCCAGCUCGCUUCCAUCGACUCUUCCAAUACAAUUUUCUGGUCAAAUGCUUCGUUAUUUAGCCAGCUGAUGCAAUACAUUUGACUUGCCAUUACAGUAUAUUCCAAAGGCAUAUUCUACCCUAUUCUAACAAUGUUCGAACUGAAACAAUGAUUACCCUUAAUUUUCAGCCUGCAUUAACAGUAACUUUAGUGCUUAGAUUAAAGAACUGCAAACUUACAGAAGAAAUCCUUGUAGACCAUUUAUAGAGUCCCUGUGUACGAUUUAGUUUACUAAUUUGUGAUACUAUUAAAAAUCUAGGUUUCAAACCAUUCUCCAAAGUUGAUUUUUAAAUCUACCUUAAGCAAACAAUGCCACAAAACGCUUUGUGUAAACAGUGAAAUAAAAGAGAACAGCACACAUCUCCUGUGGGAACUCCUACUAUAUAAUCAGCAAUCGAGAUUGCCUGUGUUACAUUUAAAUAUAAUUACGUUCUUUCCAGUGUGCCGCUUACGUUAUUUAAAAGAGUUUUUAGGAUAAGUUAUAUAUUAACCUUGCCCUAUCUUCCAUACACACACACACACGCAUAUGUUGAUUAUGUUGAUUGCUCACAAUUUAUUGUUACUAUUCCCAUUUCUAUUUAUUAGAAUAGAGAUACUCCAGUUUACGAGAAAUUUAGCUUUAAGGAUGCCACUCUAAACACAAAAAAAAAACAAAAUGCGAGAGAAAACCACGUGACCCAUGAUGUGCUGAAAAUAUAAAUACAGUGUGUAGAAGUAUUAGCUACGUUACACUAGACACUGCAUCUGGAACCUUAUGUGAUUAUCUGCAGUGUUUAAUCAAUAAUCAAUAUCUUUCACAAAAACAUAAGACACAUCUUUGGUUUACGUGAGAGCAUUUAUUUUUACCGAACAAGAUGACGCAAAGCUUCGGCCUAACGUAACAAACCACCAGUAGCUUUGAGAAAUUGUGCUUAUAAAUAUUCGAUCCUCAUUUCGGUUAUCCUUUUCGUGUUAAUAUCCUGCUACUAAAGUGCUGGGAAUGUCUUAGAAUUUGCACUACCGUAGAACAGUAAACUUUUAACCAAUUAUGGCGAGGAAGAAAAACGUAAAUAGAUUCGAUUUUAAAAUAUGGUUUCUGUUGAUGAGACGUCACGAAAC